UUUUUUACAUAAAAGGUUUUAUUUGAAAAACAGCUGGAAAGUAUUUUGCGCCUGACGUAAACAAAAUUGAUUUCAUUGUAAAGUAGUCCCUUACCCUCAUCCGUUCUUUCAAUCGGAUGUUCUCGAGCAGAUACGAUGAGGCUCAGGACUAUUCAAAGUAAGACAUGCACGACACCUCGGCGUCCCUUUGAAAAGGAGCGUCUCGAUCAGGAGUUAAAGCUGAUCGGCGAAUAUGGUCUUCGAAACAAACGUGAGGUGUGGAGGGUGAAGUACACUCUGGGGAAAAUACGAAAAGCAGCUCGUGAGCUGCUUACGCUGGAGGAACGAGACCCAAGGCGUCUGUUUCAAGGCAAUGCGCUGCUUCGCCGUCUAGUCAGAGUCGGUGUGCUGGAUGAGAACAAGAUGAAGCUCGAUUACGUUCUGGGUUUGCGCCUUGAGGACUUCCUUGAGAGACGUCUCCAGACCCAAGUGUUUAAACUUGGUCUUGCAAAGUCCAUCCAUCAUGCCAGAGUUCUCAUCAGACAGCGCCAUAUCAGAGUCCGCAAGCAGGUGGUGAACAUUCCUUCUUACAUCGUGCGCCUUGACAGUCAGAAGCACAUUGACUUCUCGCUUAAGUCACCAUAUGGUGGUGGUCGCCCAGGCCGUGUAAAGCGAAAGAACUUGAAGAAAGCACAGGGAGGCGGCGGAGCCGAGGAGGAGGAAGACUAAACAUUGACCCUUCUGAAAUGGGAGAAUAAAAUGUUCUUUCUGCUUUACAAA